GCGUGGUUCGAGCUGCUCGCCUGCGGCGGUUCGGCGGUUGACUUGGCAGCCUGCCCCGCUGGUCGCGGCGGCGCGCCCGCCCUGCUGGACGUCCUGGCAGGCGUCCAGCUCUCAGAGGGUGUGCUUGGCGCGUACACGCCGUCGCCCCUCAGGAGCCGGCCCACCUCGAGGGCCACGUGGCUGGGUGGCUCGGGGCCGACUGCACACAAGGCCAUGGCUGGCCCGCGCGCUUGUGCCGGGUGGAGUGGGGGCGGAUGCUGGGAGGCUGCCGGGAGGCCUGGGGCCCGAACCUCUUCCUGCGCAAGGCGCUGGCGGCUGUCGGCCCCCACGGCUCCUCGUUGCUCGCCGGCCUCGUGCUGGGCGGCCGCUCGGGCGGCCCAGGGCUUUCGGCAUCGACGGCGUCAGCGCGUGCCGCGGCGGCGCUCAUGA